CAGCAACAAGCCAGAUUUCCCAUCUCUGUAAUGGAGUGUCAUUCGUAGAGUUUCCCACAAAAAGUUUUCUGGCCAUUCCGGCGAAGAUAUCGCCAUGUCGAAGCGUCACCAAGCUUUUGAUCACGGCUCAUCGAGUACCAGCGCGGAGUAACGUUGUGAUGGGUCUCCACGUCCUGCCCGGCACCUAGAUGGGAUCCCAGACGUUGGAGAUACUCCGUCAAGGGGUCUGGGCUUCGUUCACGGGAGGAUGGUUCUACGACCCGAGGCAGGAUCACGAGUCAAACAUCCUGCACCUUUAUCUCUGGCUUUUCCUACUAUGCUUGCCGUUCUCAUUGUACAUGUUCCUGCAGCCCGUGCUGGUGGUGUGGGUCAGCUAUGCGGGCAUUGUGGGUGCCCUGUUCACCACUCUCAAGAUGGUCAAUGUGCGGCUGCACCGCAUGUUCGACAGCGGGGAGUGCAUCGAGGAGUCGAGCGACGAUUCCAACCGCUCCGUGUCCGUCGACCACAACACGCUGGGGUCGCAGGGUCACGGCUCCAAGAAGGAGGCGGAGCACAUUGAGAUGGCAGUGCUGAAGCAGCGUCAGGAGGGGGAAACGCCGCCCGUGCAGUGCAGUUCCCGCAACUCCUUCAACGAGGGGCCCGUGAAGCUGACCAGCAUUGCACCGGCAGAGUCUCUGGAACUCAUCGAGCGACUGGUGCGCUCCAACGAGUUCGACCUCAAGGCCUCCGACGGCAGCACCUGUGGCAUCGACCUCCAAGUGGACGUGCACCACCGGAACAGUUCAGGCAGUUCGGGCGGAUCCACGUCCGCCAAGCAAGACCACAGCUUCCACGGCACAUCCGGCGGUGCUCCCCGAAGUCCCGAGUUUGGGCUUGUGGCCGAAGUCCUUCAAGAGGUGUCCGACCUCAAGUCGGGCUGCCUCCCGAUCACCGCUCUCGCCGCAAGCUCGGGUGGCAGGGAGGACCAUCAUGGGACAGUGCAGAACAACGGGGCCCUGAGGGACGUUGCAUCUGGUUCCUCCAUCUCGCUCCAUCCCGAGGGUCACUUGCCGCCACACCGGCGACGCGGAGGCAGCAGCUUUCUUUCGUCGGGGUCUUCCGCGGCUUCUCUACGCAACGCCACGGGAUCGGUGGAACUUGCGUUCCUUUCGCAGGAUCCGAGCGUGCGUGCGGCCGAAUUGGCGCGAGCAGCUCAGCAGCGCAAGAGCGGCACCAACCUCCGUUUGGAAGACGCCGACGCUAAGCGGGUGGUACGACGCGCCCACAGCGAGCUUGAAACCUGCCCUCCUCCGCAGAUGCCAAGGUCGGUUGCACCGCCGUCUCACCCUGUGUCGCUGGAAGCGAUUCGGAUCACCAGCGCGGGUGGCUUGGCAGGUGCGGUGCCGGUGCCGCGCCACACGCGAAGGAGCGCCGAGUUCCUCCGACCUCCGCUGCUCGGCGACGCCAUCAAGCCGAUCGCCGAACAGCCGGCGGCCGAGACGCCGCCGGGCAGCAGCAGUAGCACCCAAUCGCUGCUGGUCCGGCACCGAUCGCUGGAUGCGGCAACGUUGCGACGCCGACGGCAGUGCGGCGAGACGGGUGGCAUUGCCGGGAAUGACGAUGCCGAGUUUGGGAAGCCCGAGGAGGAGCCAUUUGGAGCGCCCCUGCUGCACUCCGGUGGCGAGAGUGGGGCGGCGGGUGACGCCCACUCCGACAGUCUGAUGGCCUCCACGGACACGGUGUCCUCGACCUCGGGAGAGUCUGACCGGAGCAGCAGCACCCACUUCACGGUGAUCUACAAGCCCCUGGACCCCUGCAGCGGGAACCCCCAGGAGCUUGAUUUGCCGGAGCAGUACCCCGGCUGGCUGGAAGGCGGGAACCAACGGAAUCCGGACCCACUCCCGUCGCCCGCCUGUUCCGAGCGGAGCAGCGUGGGCGGGCUCGACUGGCUCUUUGGAAAUCCGUCGGGCAGGCCCGUAGGUGCGGCGUGCGACGCCAAGGCUCCACCCCCAAUGGAGUUCUGCGGUGUGGAGGAGAAGAGGAUGCCGUGCCGUUCACAGCCGUCGGAGCCGGCCGAUCCGACGGCCGCCGGAAGCCUGGACUGUGGCCUGCCCUUUCAGCUGUCGGCUCUGGCACGGACCAGCGAGUCCUCAGACCAGAGCCUCUCGGACGCCAGCUCUCCCUCGUCGCCCGACGAGAUGACGCCGCUUGGCGCCACAUGUCGGCCUUCCGUGGCGCUCGGCGCAAUCCCCAAGCAGUACUUGGAAGAUGGGAACAGCAGCAGAGCGGAACAUGGUUACGCCUUGGCUGCGCGCGGCAUCGCUGGCUCCACGGUACGAUCGGUGUUUAGCCGCCGCCUGCUGGAAAUACUCAACCUCAACGAUGCCCAGGAGUGCGAGGUGGAGCUGCAGAAGCUCAAGAGGGAACUGGACGUGUGCAGGAGACUGGCAGUAAACACGGAAGAACCUGGAAACUCAACCCCUCCCGCAGCUAAGGCCACGGCCAGCAGGAAACGGCCCAAGCUCGCCAACACACGGAGAAAGGCGGGCUGCGGAACUUCAGAGUUUCUCUCGCUGUUGCCCAACGCAUCGACCCUCCCUCAGGUCGAAGGGGAGAAAGGGGACUGCGUGGCGGCCAUGGGCUGGGCCCCGCUGGCCCGCAGCCGCAGCUGCACGGACCGGGGUCCGCCGGCCUACCUGCUGGCCAGCAUACUUUCGACCCCGGGCACCCACCUGGCCAUCUCGCAUGACGACACCUCCCCCGGCGCCGUCCACUGCUUCCAGGACGAGCACGGGAACUGGCAGACAUACACAUUUGACGAAAACAGCACGGGCGUGUCGCGGGGGCUGGAGGUCUCUCCGGACGCAAGGAUCUUCCAGCUGAUGUUCGACAACAAGUGGGAGACAUCCUCGCACAGCAGUUCGAGCUCAACGACCGUGUUGGAGAGUCCAGCACCCAGGGGCUUGCCCGUGGUGCCCUUUGGGUGCACCACCAUGGUGCCGAGCACCACGGGGGCCACCACACCAGGUGCCACGGGUGGCAAGCUGCUCAGGCCGCACCACCGGCACCACCACCACCUCCACCAGGGAGGCGUGCAGCAACACCAGCCGCCGUCGUCCCUCGAAUCCCUGCCGUCCCUGGUGCCGUCGCUCAACCUGCGGAGGGGCGGGGCCUCUGAUUCCACGUCGGCAUUGGCCGGCGGCCCGGUGGGUGGGUCCCUGAGGGGCGGGGCCGGUUUCGACGGGGGCGGAGCCAGAGCACCCUUUGCCCUGGCCGAGUCCUUUCUGAGUCACAUGGCAGUUCGCGGAGGGGGCGGGGCCACCCUCUCCCAGACAGCCUCCUCUCAGGACACGGAGCUGGACUCUACGUGCCACAUGCGCUUUGUUGGCAGCGGGACCCUUCGCACCAGUCAGCCCCGCCACUACUACCGCCUGAAGCUCCUGCCCUGUCGCUUUGUCCGGGUGGGCUUCGACCGACUGGCGCUGCUCACCGUGCUGGACAGGAACCUGACGAUUUCUGAGAACAUUCUGUCUGUGAUGCUGGCCGUCCUGGUUGCUGCCCUGGGAGCCCUGUGCCUGUCCUUGGGCUUCUUCCAAGACAUCUACAGCUUCCUCUUCUGCUUUGUCAUGGCCAGCUGCCAGUACAGCCUGCUCAAGAGUGUGCAGCCAGAUGCUGCAUCUCCAACUCACGGCUUCAACCGUGUGGUGUUAUACAGUCGACCGGUCUACUUCUGCCUCUGUUGCUCGCUGCUGGUCCUAGUUCAGUUUCUGAGCGUCUCCGAGGUCCAGUACCCCCAAGUCACGCUCUACGGCCUGCGCCUGUUCACCGACUCCGCAGUCACCUGGGCGAGGAGCUUUCUGAUUGUGUUUAUUCUGGCAUUCCCGCUGACCUUCAGCCUCGGACUGCUUCCUCAGAUCAACACCUUCGUCAUCUAUCUGCUCGAACAAGUGGACAUGAAUCUCUUCGGGGGCUCAGCUACGACUGGUUUGGUCUCUGCGGUCUACUGCAUCUCCAGGAGUCUGGCAUUCGUGGUCUUCCUGUCUGGUGUUGCAUAUGUCGCUCUCAAGGAGGGGCACAUUCCGUCGCAGCACAUCAUGUUCUCGCUUUUUUGUGGCUUGCUGGUGAGCUCGUGCUACCUCCUCAGCAGGAGUGCCAGCGACCCCACCAUUCUCUGGAACCUGGUGAAACGACAGAUCUGGGCAGAGAAAGUCCCCAAGGGGGCCACUGAAGUGGGGGCCACAGAACACGUUGACCCCUUGCCGGCAAAGCUGGAGAAGACCUUUAGGGCAAGACUGAGGACGGACGCCAUUCACUGCGUCUUCAUCGCUGUCCUAGCGUUUGCAGUCCAUGUCAGCACCAUGUUUUCUGCGUUGCAGCCGUACCUGGAGGUGGUGCUCCACCUGACAGCCAUGGGCUGGGGCCUAGUGCUGCACUACUGCAUGCCGCAGCUUCGCAAGCAGCUGCCCUGGCUGUGCUGCUCCCACCCCAUCCUCAAGUCCAACGAGCACCAGCAGUUUGAAGUCAGGGAGCCUGCCAAGGUGAUGUGGUUUGAGAAGGUGCAGGUCUGGAUGUGGUUUGUGGAAAAGAACUUCAUCUACCCACUCCUGUUCCUGAGUGCUCUCAGCGUGAGCACGCCGGACGUCAUCCAGCGCUUCGGAGUCGCGGGCGGCUGCGUGGUGCUGGUGGUGUGCAGCAUGAAGUGCCUGCGCAGCGCCUUCAACGACCCCUCGCAGCACUUCCUGGUGCUUCUGUUUGCGAGCCUGUUCUUCCGCUACGACUACAGGGGACCCAAGGAGCCGUUCCUCGUCAACUACUUCUGCUGCCUCUUUGUCUUCUCAAAGGUUUAUGAGCUGUUGCUGAAGAUGAGCUUCAUCAUCACCUACAUUGCACCGUGGCAGAUCACCUGGGGCUCUGCCUUCCACGCAUUUGCCCAGCCGUUCAGUGUGCCUCAUUCAGCCAUGUUGUUUGUGCAGGCCAUUAUAUCGGCCAUUCUGUCGACGCCGCUCAGUCCCGUGCUGGGAAGCGCCAUUUUCUUCACAUCUUACGUGAGGCCCGUCAAGUUUUGGGAAAGAGACUACAACACCAAGCGGGUGGACCAUUCCAACACUAGGCUAUCUUCCCAACUUGAACGGAAUCCAGGCUCGGACGACAACAAUCUCAACUCUAUCUUCUACGAGCACCUGACACGCUCGCUGCAGCAGAGCUUGUACGGGGACCUUGCACUGGGACGCUGGGGCAGCGUGACCCAGGGCGACUGCUUCGUGCUCGCGUCGGACAACCUCAACUGCCUGCUGCACAUUGUGGAGCUCGCCAACGGUCUAGUCACCUUCCAGCUGCGCGGACUAGAGUUCAGGGGCACCUACUGCCAGCAGCGCGAAGUGGAGGCCAUCAGCGAAGGUGUGGAGGAGGACGAGGGCUGCUGCUGCUGCGAGCCAGGCCACUUCCCACACCUGCUGUCGGCCAAUGCGGCCUUCGGCCAGCGUUGGCUCGCCUGGCAGGUGGCCGCCACCAAGUACAUCCUGGAGGGAUACUCCAUCUCGGACAACUCCGCUGUGUCCAUGCUCCAGGUGUUUGACCUGCGCAAGGCCCUGGUCACCUACUACGUCAAGUCCAUCGUGUACUACACGGUGACGUCCAAUUGCCUGGAAGACUGGCUAGGCCUUCCGGCUGUGCGGGACGCACUUAGCCCCACUCUGGAGCGCAACUACACGGACGUGGACCCUGUCUUCAACAUGAACAUUGACGAGGACUAUGAUUUCCGCGCGUCAGGAAUCUCGCGGAGUUCCUUCUGCAACGUCUACCUCGAGUGGCUGCAGUUCUGCGUGAACCGGUCAGGAAAGACUCUGGAACACGACCGGAACUCGAUGCUGGUUUCACUGUGCUUUGCGCUCAGCCUCCUGGCUCGACGGGCCCUGGGGACAGCCUCGCACAACUCCUUCUCGAGCAGCGUGGACCUUUUGCUGUACGGCCUGCACGCGCUCUUCAAGGGAGACUUCCGCAUCACGUGUGUCAGAGACGAGUGGGUCUUCCAAGACAUGGAGCUGCUGCGUCGCGUUGUGGCACCCAGCGUCCGGAUGGCACUCAAGUUGCACCAGGACCAUUUCAUGUCGACGGAGGAGUACGACGACCACACGGCGCUCUACGAUGCCAUCAGCAACUACGAGAAGAACCUGGUCAUCUCGCACGAGGCGGACCCUGCCUGGCGCAACGCCGUCCUCUCCAGUGUUCCUUCCUUGCUGGCCCUCAGGCAUGUCUUCGACGACAGCUCGGACGACUACAAGAUCAUCAUGCUGAACCGGCGGCACCUGAGCUUCCGGGUGAUCAAGGUGAACCGAGAAUGCGUGCGGGGCCUGUGGGCGGGGCAGCAGCAGGAGCUGGUGUACCUGCGCAACCGCAACCCCGAGCGGGGCAGCAUCCAGAACGCCAAGCAGGCCCUGCGCAACAUCAUCAACUCGUCGUGCGACCAGCCCAUCGGGUACCCCAUCUACGUGUCCCCCCUGACCACCUCCUUCAUGGAGACCUCCCAGCAGCUGUGCGGCCUCAUCGGGGGGCCACUGAGCCUGUCCCGCUUCGGAGGUGCCCUCGUGGGCUUUUGGAACCGGCUCAAGAUACGUUGCGGCGAGGGCUGUUCCAGCGGUGGCACUGCCGUCCAAGAAGACACAAUGUUUGACUACACCAUGGCCGGCUCUCUGUCUGGGAGCAUCUCAAGAGCUCGACGCAGUCACUCGAGUGGCUCUCACUCGGUGAGCCAAUCGGCAACGGAAACUGGGAGCAGCAGCGGUAAUGGAGGCUCAGGGGACCAGGGAAGCCGUAGCAUGGGACGUGUCUCGGCCUCGAGCAGCAUCGGCCGUGGAAGCACGGUCAGCAGUCUCGGCCGUAACAGCACCAGCUUCACCAGGACCUCGCUGAGCAACAUUGCUGUGUCGUCGUCAGUGGUGUACAAGCCGACGCCGGUGGGAGGGGGCACCCUCCUUGGCAUGACACCGCUGAGGCAGCAGCAGUGUCCCACGGAGUCUGCGGUUGUCGUGACGGCCAGUCCGUUUCUGGUAGAGGCCACUGGCGGUAGGAGGAAUUCUUCUUCUGCGUCGGUGUAUGCAAGUGGCGCCACGGCCGUCUGGGACUCAGCGGUGGUUUCUACCGAGAAGGUGAACAUUUGAAGGUCGACAUCUCUUGCGGCAUGUCUCAGUGUCCUUGCAGAUGUCUGCCUGUGAGGCUUUCCUUGGAUGCCUGCCACACGGUCCUUGUGGAAGAGCCAUGUGACUGGAAACUUCCAUAUUUCAACGAGGUUCCAUGAUGGCCCACAACAGAAACUGGAUUGUUUGUUAGUAGGUGCUGGACAUGUCUGGUGGCCUUGCAGAUGCCUUCCUGCGAGGCUUUCCCUGGAUGCCUGCCAGAUGGUUCUUCUGAAAGUUCCAUGUGACUGGAAAAACUCCAAGGCCACCAAGGUGCCUCCAUUGUCCACGACCCAUGGACCCUGGUCCAUGGGUCGUAGUUAGAGGUUGCAUAACUCGUGACCCAGGACAAACUGGCCCACGACCCAUGCCCCAUGGCCCACCACACAAACUGGAUCAUUCGUUAGUAAGUGCUGGUUACCUUGAGGCAUCCCAGUAGACGUAUGGGCAGUUUUGCACAUCAGGUUUUGAUUUCUUUUCCUAAAUGGCACUUUGAGCAUGCGGAAUCUAUUCAGUGUCCUGAAAGGUUUCUUGGAGACGUCCUUCAUGGAUGCCUCCCAGCAAGAUCGGCCCUAAAGUCCUGGUUCUAUUUGUGGAAAUUCUUCAAGUAUUCUUAUUUGUCUGCCUAGAAGGUGCUUUUCAGUGCCCUAAGGAAUAUCAGUUUUCCAUGUCUUAGUAUAUACGUGGAAAGGCCCUGUGGACUGUCCUUUCAUAAGGUUUGCUUAAGAGCUCUCGAGUGCCCUCAAAACUAUAUUUAGAUAUCCUUCAAGAAGUGCUUAGGUCUCAAGGUAAAUUAUUCAUCUUUGAACAUUCUUUAGAAGUCUUGAAAGCUUGCCAUGUCUGUCUAGUCUGUCCUCUUUAUUCUGCCUGAGGUAUCUCUUUCUGAUGUCCUAGAAAUAUCCAGUGCAAUUCUACUGCUAGUGUUUAUCAAGCUUGGAGGUUAUUUCCCUUUGUACAAAGAUCAGGUUUGGAGAGUUGGAGGGAACAGAGAUGCAGGCAGACCUUCUGAAACUGCCACUUGUAGUGUACCUGUACAGGAAAUUCUCCUUGAAGGGACUUGCAGGGUGUAUAGCAUAUAGUAUGCAAGAUGAGUAGUUUUCAGAUUGUGAAGCUUCGGAACUAUCCAGCAAAACGGUCAACUAGGUUAGUUAGUGCAUGCUUAACCAGGUACCCUUUUGUGUUCCCAGUUUCUUUGGCACCGUCUAUUUGUAGUCAUGGAACAUCUGCAUUGGAGGUUACAUACCUUGUGAUUGUGAAAGGCAAAUGGUCAGAAACUGUUCUUGGCAAGGUCCAGGCCUGUUUGACACCAAAAUCCAUGGCAUUCAGUCAUGUAGUCGGUUGCCCUUCAUUCCCAGUGGCAGCACAGGCAAGGUCAUAUCAUUUGUUGUGAUGACAAGUGACUGCAUCAAUACACACCAGUCUUAGCAUGUCUUUUCUGAGGAUCAAUAGGAUAAGUGUGACUAGGAAACACUAGUCAGUCCAGGUACCUAUAUAUAAGCGGAAGUUCUGAAACAAGCGAGUGCUAGAUUUACAAAGCAGAAACACUAGAUGAACAUGACACGCAGAGCAAGGGGUCCAUAACAUUUUUCUCAUUAAGUUAGGGUCUCUUCACCUGUCCUGUACAUAGUGUAAAAAGUUGAUUUCGGAUUGUCUUUUCAUCUCCAGAGUGUGAUGUAUGGAUAUUUUUGCUUGUAAAUAUAUGGAGUUUUUUGGCCCAAUGUGCUUAAAAAUGAGUGUUAACAAGAGCAUCUGAGGUCUUUAUUUUGUGUGAUUGUGGUGUAUCCAUGAUACACCACAAUCAGCCUAGUCUAAGGAGAACGAACCGGUAUUAUUGAAUGUUUUUUUUUUUUUUUUUUUUCAGUUUAUUCUUGGAGCAUAAUUGUAUUGUGAUGAUGCUCUUCAAGUUGAAAUCUGGAAAGGGCUUCGUUUGUUUGUACUACCAUCUAAGCAGAUUGCUCUUGUUUUUAAUGGCACACGUUUGUAUUUGUGUAAACCUUCCACCGGUAUUUUAGCGGAGAAGUUGAAAUAUAUUUCUGUCAUUCUGCAUUCAUUGGUGCUUUGUUUAAGAGCCCAGGUGGCAAUAUUAUGUGUCCUUUCUCUUUUUGUAAUAUAAAAAUUCAUCCACCGAG